AUGUAUCCGUCCAUUAAACGCAACAGAAUAUUAGCUACAUUAAAAACCCAAAACUGUCAGCAAUGGAUCAUAGAUAUGGUAACUCUUGUGUUGGAAAAUAAUUAUUUUGUCAGCCAAAAAAGAUUCUUUAGACAAUGCGAUGGUAUCCCCAUGGGCUCAAUAAUAGGACCAAUCCUUGCUGAAUUAAGUAUGUGCAAUAUCGAUCAUGACGUUGUCAAUAUCAAGGGUAUAAUAGAACUGUACCGUUACGUCGACGACUGUUUUCUCAUAUAUGAUGACAACAUCAUACAGGCGGAUAAAAUUCUGGAACACGUAAAUAAAAUAGAUAAUGACAUUAAAUUUGACUUAGAACCUGAAUGCAACUGUCAGUUACCAUUCUUAGACAUUCUCGUCACGAGACACAAAGACAAAACAACCUUUAAAAAAUAUAAAAAACCUUGUACUAUUGACAGCGUCAUACACUUUACAUCUGAAGUACCAACUUAUAUAAAAAAGAAUACUUUCUACAUGUACUUGGAUAAAAUUAUGCAACGUACCACAUAUGAUACCGAUAUAUCCAAUGAAAUCGAAGACAUCAUAAAAACAUACUUAUUGAACGGUUAUAGCAAGCGCAUGAUUAGUAACUGGCUUAAUAAAAAAUAUGUUAAUGCACACAAACAACCAAUUGACAGUACUGCUUAUAAAUUCCUUACGUUACGAAUAUUUUUGAAAGAAUCAAAAGUAAAUUAG